CUUUCUCGCAGCAGAGCAGCGCAGACAGCGUCGGCGGCGGGCUCUUCACCGGCGACGACGAGCCUCUUCUCUUGUCGUAGUCGCAGUUGCAGCAGCUCCUCUUCACCGGCGGCGUUUUCUUCUCUUCUCGCAGGCGCAACUUCACCGACGUCGUCAUUCAUCAAUUCAAUCCUCUCUUCGAUUCGUUUUGGAGACUUGUUGUCCUGGCAGGUGCCAGAUGCGAAUAACAUGUUCUUCUUCCUGUGCUCCGACGACAGUAGAUAGAUACCAGUUUCAGCUACGUUUUUCUUUUGUGUGAAACGACAACGACGCAUUCAUCACUAUGCGGAUUGUUACCACCGCCAAUUCUCUCAAAUCACUCCACAACCUCCACUUUCUCAGAGUCACCUCUUCUCUCCCCCUUCCGUUCAAGGACAAACAGCAGUUUGAAACACAACCACAUAGUCCCACCUGUUCACCGGAUAAUGAUCACAUUGGAAAGUCAACACUGGCGAUGGACCUCGCCUCUCUACUCGAGGAACCGAAGCCAAAACCGAAACCCAAGAGUCGGAUGGAGCUUAAGCGUUUUUUCGAGCUCCGAAUAAAAAAACGGGUCAAGGAGAAACAUGCCAAUGGCAAGUUCCACGACCUUAUGAAAACCGUGAUUUCCAACGCAGAAACCCUUCGCGAUGCUUACAACUGCAUCAGGAUCAACUCGAACACUCUGGAUGCGGCUUCAAGUUCGAGUCAUGACACUUCAUUUUUGUAUGACCUAGCUGAAGAGCUCGAGAAGGGGGAUUUUGACGUGUGUGCAAAUACGACGUCCUUCUCGACAAGGAGAGGUUCAGUGAACAAAGAGAUAUUAGUGCUUCCCAAUUUGAGGCUGAAGGUUGUGCUGGAAGCAAUGAGAAUAGCUCUGGAGAUUGUAUACAAGCCACAUUUCUCGAAGAUCUCACAUGGAUGCCGGAGCGGGAGGGGCUGCGACGCCGCGUUGAAGUUCGUGUGCAAGGGUGUUUUGAGUCCUGAUUGGUGGUUCACUGUGCUUGUGGUUAAGAAAUUGGAUGCUGCUGUGUUGGAAAAGCUGAUUUCCACAAUGGAGGAGAAGAUAGAAGAUCCUAGUUUAUAUGGUGUCAUUCGGAACAUGUUUGAUGCUGGAGUGUUAAAUCUAGAGUUUGGGGGUUAUCCUAAGGGACAUGGUCUCCCGCAGGAAGGGGUUUUGUCCCCUAUUCUGAUGAAUAUUUACCUUGACCUCUUUGACAGUGAAUUUUGUAGGCUGUCGAUGAAAUAUGAAGGCAUAUGCGGUGGUGGUCUAAAUGAGCGGGACAGGUUUGGCUCCGCGUUGCGAGAUUGGUUUAGGAGACAGUUGGAUGGAGAUGAUGUUAGGAAGAGUUCUGGUGUGAAAGUUUAUUCUUGUCGCUAUAUGGAUGAGAUGUUUUUUGCGGUUUCUGGUUCAAGGGAUGCUGCUGUUAAUUUUAUGUCUGAGGUCCACAGUUAUUUGAGGAGUUCUUUGCUGUUGGAUGUGGGUGAUCAAACUGAUGUAUUGCCCUGUGAUGGGUCUCAUGGUAUCCAUUUUUUGGGAACUUUAGUGAGAAGAACAAUUAGGGAGAGUCCUGCUGUAAAAGCUGUUCACAAGUUGAAAGAAAAAGUGGAGCUAUUUACUUUGCAAAAGGUGGAGGCGUGGAAUUAUGGGACAGUUAGAAUUGGGAAGAAAUGGUUGGGUCAUGGUUUGAAGAAAGUUAAGGAAUCAGAAAUCAAGCAUUUAGCAGAUAGUAGCUCCCUCCUGAACAAGGUUUCCUGUUUCCGUAAGUCUGGAAUGGAAACUGACCAUUGGUAUAAACACUUAUUGAAGAUAUGGAUGCAAGAUGUUCAGGCAAAAAAUGUCAAUAGUGAGGAAAGUAUCUUAUCUAAGUUUGUUGCAGAGCCGGCUCUUCCUCAAGAGCUAAGAGAUUCCUUUUAUGAAUUUACGAAGCAGGCAGAGCAGUAUAUAUCUGCUGAGGCAGAUUCUAUUCUCAAGCUUUUGCCAGAUAAUAACAGCUCGACCGAGCAUCCUGUGGCAAAAACUGAGAUUGUUGCUCCUAUCAAUGCCAUAAAGAUGCGUCUAUUGAGAUAUGGAUUGGCAACAAGUAAGGGGUACCCACGGUCUGCUAAUUUACUGAUCAUGCUAGAUACAACUGAAAUUGUUGACUGGUUUGCAGGGCUUUCUUGUCGGUGGCUGAAAUGGUAUGAAAAUUGUUCUAACUUCGAUGAGAUAAAGCUCUUGAUUGCAUAUCAUGUUAGGAAAUCAUGCAUUCGUACUUUAGCAGCAAAGUACCGGAUACAUGAAACUGAGAUAGAAAGGCGGUUUGGUGAAGAACUUAUCAGGAUCCCAUCAACACAAGAAACAGAGAAGGAGAUGAGAAAUGAAGCCUUGGAUGUUCAAGCUUUUGAUAACGAUGAGGCAUUAAUGUAUGGAAUUGCUUCUAGUGGUGUGUGUUUGCUGUCUCUAGCAAGAAUUGUUACCCAGGCAAGACCAUGUAAUUGCUUUGUAACAGGGUGCUCAUCUUCAGCACCUAGAGUCUAUACUCUACAUGUCAUGGAACGACAGAAAUCUCCUAGCUGGAAGACUGGAUUUUCAACUUGCAUUCAUCCAAGCUUAAAUAAACGGCGAUUAGGGUUGUGUAAGCAGCAUUUGAGGGAUUUGUAUCUUGGGCAUAUAUCACUUCAGUCUAUUGAUUUCAGUGCAUGGAAGUCAUAAAUUAUAUUUGUAGAUUUCUCAAGUUGUUUGGAUUUAACUCGCUUAUUGCUUCACAUCAUUGAUAAUGAAAGUAACUAUUGAAAACGAGGUAUGAGAUGGUAUCCGAUACUUUCUCCUUACCAAUAGAUUUUCUUAAAGCACAAAGGUGAUUCUUGGUCCUGCAUUAUUGAGAUUUUUAUUUUAUCUAAUUGUGCUGUAUGUAUUUAUUUUAGAAGGCAUCAAAGCAUGACAACAGCCGUAUUGGAUAGUUGGAGUCGGCUUUCUAGGGUUUUUAUUGUCAACCUAAUCUAGAUUUAAUUUUUCUCAAGGGCAAGUGUUUCCUUCAAUGAUCUUGGUGCAUUUUUCAAAUUACAGAUGGAACACUUGCGGCCAGUCACUCAUUUAUUAAUUCUCCAAGAACUGAAGUUAUUUAUGGUGCGUAUGGGAAUCAAUUUAGAGGCUUCCAAAUGGGAAAUCCCACUCUCCAAAGCAGCAAACAUAGAAGGGAGGACAAAGAUCCAUUUUCAGUUCAAU